CAAACUGAUGGUUUCUGUUCAGCACCAGAAUCAGGGGAAUAGAAGACGAUAUGAAGCGAAAUAAACAUUGUGAGGAUCCACACUAUGACCAAAGUUAAACUGAGGACCGAACCACUUUUCUGUGACCCCGGAAGCAGUAAUUCCUCACAUUGGUUCCUAAAUCGGAGCAUCUGGUGAGAUUUCUUGGAGAUGCAGUUAGUGUCUAAGCAUAAUUGAUGAAUAACGGGAAAGGUAGAACAGCUUGUCAUACAGCAAAGGUCUUGCCUUUGAAAGCGUUACAGUUACAUGGUUGACGAUUGCAUUGAACUGGGAGAAUUCCUGCUCUGUUAUAUGUGAGAGGUGAUUAAAAGGAUUAUGGGAGAAGAGAGAUAUGUCAGGUGACACAGUUGGUGACUCACAGUCUUCUUUGAAGGCAGUAGCUGUACGUGUGCUUGAUCUGCCAUUGUCCUGGUACACCGGUCUUCCUGAGAUAAAAUUUUCUCCUGCUGUGAAGAAACUUCUUGUGGUGACUGCAUUAAGCACAGUUUCUAUCCUUUUUCUGGCUCAUCUUUUUCAAAGAAGACGAGGAAAGAAAAAGAAAGUGCUUCCAUGGGAAGAAGAGCGUUUUGUUCCAGAAUUUACUCAAGCACUUGCAUCUGGAAAAGAUUCCAGUCGUUCCAGUAGCAGGCAAAAUCUGAGCCUUUCUUUAAACUCCUUAAAGGAAAAAAGAGCCAAUUCAUGUCUCUUGUAUGAAAAUGGAGGAAUCUUCAGCAAAUUUUCUGGAUCUGUACAAAGUCUGUCCUCUAUGCGGAGUGUCAACUCUUCUCACAGUUGUGCAUGUGCCAAUACAAACACCUGGGACAGACUGACUGAAGAUGGGGAUCUAAAGCUUGUUAAUAUUCCAGUGACAACACCGGAAAACCUAUACUUGAUGGGUAUGGAGCUGUUUGAAGAGGCCCUACGUCGUUGGGAACAAGCCUUAACUUUUCGCAGUAGGCAAGCUGAGGAUGAAGCAAGCUGUAGCUCCAUCAAACUUGGAGCAGGAGAUGCAAUUGCAGAAGAGAAUGUUGAAUUGUCAGGUUGCAGAGCUUCAUCUGACAUCAUAAGUGCAGAAUUCAUCCACAAGCUGGAAUCUCUGUUGCAGAGGGCUUAUAGAUUACAGGAAGAGUUUGAAGCCACUCUUGGGGCAUCAGAUCCAGCUUCUCUUGCUAAUGACAUUGACAGAGAUACAGAUGUCACAGUGAAGGAUGAUACAGAAGACUUCUGUUUACGGGAUACAUUGAGCAUUGCGUCAUCAGAUUCCUUCGUUUCAGCUGGUGAGCUUUCAGAACAAAAAGAUGCCCGGAAUACAUAUGGACUGGGCUCCCUUUGUCAUUGUCUGUUAUAUGAGGAAGCUAUGCACUUAGUUGAAGAAGGAAAAGUUUACUGUCGAGUGUUAAGGACGGAGAUGUUAGAGUGCCUGGGGGACAGUGACUUUCUUGCCAAGUUGCACUGCAUAAGACAGGCUUUUCAGAUUAUUCUUUCAGAAGAAGCAAACAGAAGAUUUCUGGCCGAGACUGGGAAAAAAGUUUUGUCCACUUUAAUUGUAAAAGCACGAAAGAAUCCAAAGAGGUUUGAAGAUGCAUUUGAUCAACUACUGCACUUUUUAGAGGAUGCAGAUCACUGGGAAACUACCCAAAAAGAACUUGCUGCUAGAGGGGUGAAACAUUUGAAUUUUUAUGACAUUGUUUUGGACUUCAUAAUAAUGGAUUCCUUUGAGGACUUAGAAAAUCCACCUAUCUCUGUACAGAAUAUAGUCAGCAACCGAUGGCUGAAUAGCUCUUUUAAAGAAACGGCUGUUGCGUCAAGUUGUUGGUCAGUGUUGAAGCAAAAGAGGCAGCAAAUGAAGAUACCUGAUGGUUUUAUUGCACAUUUUUACAUGGUUUGUGAACAGAUUAGCCCGCUUUUGGUAUGGGGAUUUCUAGGACCCAGAAAUCCUCUCCAUGAUUUAUGUUGCUUUUUGAAGGAUCAAGUUUUUUUCUUCCUGAAGGAUAUUUUUGAUUUUGAGAAAGCAAGAUACACAACUGUGGACGGUUUGGCAGAGGAUAUACUGCAGCUAUUGCAUUGUCAUGCAGAACUGAUGGUUUAUCAUGAAGCAGAUUCAUCGAGGCAGGUAAAUGGUUGCAUCCCUAGUCACGAAUGUGUAAAGCCCAGAGAACAUCCUGAAACCAGCAGUCUAAAAAAUUAGGUUACUGUCACAUUCACAGCUGUAUUUAUGCUUUCACUUUUGAAAGAUCUUGGUUAUGCUGCUAAGAAUCGGACAUUACAAAACAUAUAUUGUUAAAAUAAUUUUGUGUUUAAAGAAGCUUCCAAAAGAAUAUUCAGUAAUUGUAUCAUUCUAAAGAGCACCUCAGAUUGUACAUGUUACACUUGCCUUUUUUACAUCUCUGUUUAGGAACUUAACCGUACAUUAUGGGAAAGGAAUGGUGCAUACAGGAAAGUCAUCGAAAUCCAUUUAUUUUCCAGUGUAAACUUAAAAAGUCUGGGCACCAUUUCAGAGAGUAAUGUUUCUUUGUUGUUUUGAAUGUAUAUGAAUGACAUAACACUGAAAGUCUGCAUACUAAAUUUAUAUUCAGUAUGUUACUAUUGUAUUUCUUUAAAUUUAAAGCAAAUCAAAUAAAUGUAUAUGAUCAUCUGUUUGUUUUUAUACAACUCUAAAUUAACAGAAAAGCACAAAAUACUAUGAGGUGUAGCACAUCCCUUAAAUAGAAGGUUAAGUUUAUUGCAUAGUACUUUCAUAAGUAACGUGGUGUUCAUCAGUGUAGAUUUUGCUUGCAUGCAAAAUUAUUAACUAUAAUUUCUAAGACUGUUUAUAUCUUAAGACUUUUAUUAAGAAUACAAAUGAUCAGUUAAGGACUUUCAUCCAUGAUGUCAAGACUUCUUCAGAACUAUCAGUUAUAAAAAAACAAGAAGUAAUUGCAAAGUUCAAUAAAAUUCAGUUCUAUCACAAAUUCAUUACAUAGUAAUUAAUAAUUAAUGAAACAUCCAUAGUAGAAAAUCAGUUGUAGCAUUAGUAAAAUCAAUAAUAUUGCACUUGUAAAUAAAUUAAAUAAAGAUCAAAGUAUGUUUGAAAAAAAAACACCCUUAGACAAUUAAUAAAUGACAAUGAAUUAAAAAGUAUGUCAAAGUUUAGCUGCCCUCAUUUUUAACAAAGGGACUAUAAACACAGUCUCAUUUAUCCCAGGAGUAUUUUGGGCAUGUAAACAAAAUUGCCAGAGUAGUUCCUUCUCCCAGGCCAGCCCCCCCACCCCCCGGGAUCACAUGCCACAACUUCUAAAAUGCCAAAAACAAAUUUCCUAAAGUUGUGGCAGACUAAAGAACUUUGAAAUAGAGCAUUGUUGUCUUUUACUUUCUUAAUAUCAUACAAAUGCUCAUAUAUUCUCUUUUUGAGGGUACGCUUAGUUUUGCAUACAUAAAAAGUAGGACAAGUCAUGCAUUAAGCUAAAUAAAUUAAAACCUUAUUAGAGAAAUUGCCAUUCUGAAAGAAUACUUUGGUAUUAGUAUAAUUGUCUAAAAUGCACAUUUCAGAUUUAAGACUAUAAUUACAUUGCCCACAGGCAGCACAUUUACUAGUCCACCUUUUGUAAAGUUACAUUCAUCAUCAUUAUUAUGGUGCUCAGAAAGUUUUUUUUUAAUUAUUAUAAAUUGUAUACACAAAAUGUAGUCUGUCCCCAGUCUUGUUGUAAGUAGAUUUAUUUGCUCUAAUAAUUCUCCAGUUUGAAUUAAUAAUGUCUUUAAUUUUAUUGGAAUCAUAACUGUGUGCCAAUACAAUAUCAGAUGUAAAUUGAUUUUUAAAAAUAAUGCGUUUAAAAAGAUGACAUACAUCGUCACUGGAUAUCCCUAAAAGGGGAAAAUACCUAGACUGAUGUUGGCUGAUAAUAUACUAAAAAUUAUCAUUAAUUAAUUUUACAGGGUAACCUCUCCUAAGUAGCAUGUCUCUAAGAAUGUUUAGUUCUUCCAAAAACACAGAAUCUUUUGAAAUCAUACAGUAAAGUCUGACAGUUUGUCCUUUCACUAAGUUUGUGAUAACAAGGGUGGGUGCUUUUAAAAUGAAGGUAGGAGUUAUUAAAGUUUGGUUUCCUGUAUAUAGUGAGGGAAAAACCUCCAUCUUCCUUAGUAAUUGUAACAUCUAAUGAAUAACUCUCUGGAUGAUUGAAUGUAUAAAUCGUAAAAAAAGCUGUUGAUUCAUUAAUGAUCUUAAUAAAAUUUUUUAUUUCAUGUUCAGGCCCAACCCAUAAAAUAAAAAUAUCACCUCAAAAUUGCAAGUAUAAUUUGCAACGAGAAAAAAAAAGUGGUUGGAAAAAAUAUACUUCUCUUCCCACGUCUCCAUUACUAAAUUAGCGUAUAUGAGGGCACAAGGUGCCUCCCAUAGCCACACCCUUUAUUUGUCUAUAAAGUUCCCCCUCAAAAUGUACAAAAUUGUUUUCCAAAACAAGAGACAUAAAAUUCUAGUUAAAAAGAUGAACUUAAUAAUGGCAUCAUGAAAAUAUUCUAAUCCACAUUUUGAGGUAUGGAAUGAAACAAAUCCACUACAUCAAUAGUUAAAAAUAUUAAAUUGGGCUCCCAUAGAUCAUUGUAUAAUGUGCUCAAAAAAUCCCAUGAAUCAAGUAAUAUAUCAACAAAUGUUGACAAAGGAUGCAUCUUAAAAUAUUGAGCAAAUACUCUUGGUCUAAAAGGUGGAUGAGUUGUACCUUUAUGAACUUUAGGAAUCCCAAAAAUGCUACCUGUUGGUAUUUUUAGAUAAUUUCUGAAGACGUUGUAACAUCAUGGAUGAAAAUGCUUAACCGAUUGCUUGUGUUCUUAAUAAAAGUCUUACGUUUUAGUGAGCUUGGUUAUUUAUAGCUACUGCAUUUGAGUUUAGGUUGCUUUUGUUGGAGUAGUUUUCUUCUUGUUUCAGUGAUUACUGUUUAUCUAUUGCACCUUAUGUGUAGAAUAUUAGGUCAAAGAAGAAAAAAACAAGAACAAGGAAAGGUUAUGAGCAUUUGUUAAUGAUUGUUCUCUAAUUUGAAGUUACAGUUUUUCUUUAGUCCAGAAACCACUUAUACUUUAACAGGCAUGCAUUUUUUAAUUUUAUCAAAAGAAUUUACUAAUAAUAUAGGUAGUGCAGGAUUAGGAUAAAAAAUAAUUGUUAAAGCCUAAUUCUUUGUCUUACUUUUUUCAUGUAAUACUCAAAGUAAAAUUGCUGUGUGUUUAUGUAUGGGGUUUGUUAUGUUAAUUAACAAAAUAUGAAGUCCUGAGUAUCAGUAAUUUUGGCAUGUCCUGAUGAAGCAGUAUAUUUUGCACUUGUAUGUAACCUUGUGUUUGAUUUUAUUAGAAGUGCUGUUACAUAGGAAUGCCUGCAGCAGAAAUGCUAUACAUCAAGACUUUGCUUACUACCAGCAGUUUAAUUUUUAAUCUUUUUUGAUGCAGUCUCAGUCACAGUCUUAUUUUGAACAUGCAAAUUAAGUUGAUUCAUUCAUUUAGAAAGACUCUUAAUAAAUUUAAAAGGAAUUUACUGAAUUUUAAAAACUAUAAGGAUGUAUUAAUGCUGUGCUGGUCAAUUCAGAAAAAACAUGCUGCCCACUUGAAGUCUAAAUUUGCUGCUUUAUGCCACUGUUUUAUGUCGAUAUAUUUGACUUUGAUUCUGCCGUCUGCUCAUACAAUAAUUUUAGUGCUAGAAGAGCAGUUUGAAAGGUGUAGAGUUACUAAAAAUAUAUGCAUUUUUAAUAUAUGUGAAUUUUAACCUGUCACAAAUGAAUGCACAGCACAGAUUACAUGUACAGUGCUAUUUAUCAGCUGCUAUGUUGAGAAUGAAAUGUCUUGCAUUUUCCUAAGUCACAUUUUUGGAUGGAAUUUAAAAAUUUCAUCUACUGUGUGUGUGAGAUAUGAUUAUAAACAACUGCAAUUUAAAUUAUUGCAAGAAUGUGUUAAAAUGUCUGACUAACAAACUGCUGAUGAUAAUUUGUUAUGUUUCCUCAUAAUGUUAGAAAUGUACAGUAUUAUGUAUCCAGUACUUGUAUGGACUGUUUGACUCACAGUGUAACAAACAGAAGUAUCAUUUUCAAAGUCUUAUAAAAACAUUUUCAUUUGUCUUAUUGUACAAAUAAAUAAAAUAAUAAUGCAGCCAG